AUGGAAUCUACUGUCAAGACACUACAUACAGAUAUGAUCCAAGAAUGGGAAAUAGACCAAGCAAAGCUUUUACGUCGGUUGAGUGAAUUCACUCAACAGGUUUCUUCUUUAAACAAUACAUUAGAAGAAGAACGCAGGCAAUUUGAAAAGACAAAAACCAGUCUACUUCGAGAACUCAAAAUCAAAGAUGUUACGUUUGACAAAAAGUACCAACAGACACAAGAGGAUUUUGAACAGCAGAUACAAGAGCUGAAACACCAGCUCAAAAAGGAGCAACAGGAACACCAGGAUGAUAUUCAAGAAUGGAAGAGCCGCCAUGAUGUGACCCUCAAAACAGAGCGAACCAACAAUGCCAGAAGAAUUUAUGGUUUUCAGGAACGCCUUAGUGCAAAAGAGACAGAAUAUGCCCAGCUUCAAAACCAUCUUAGACAGACCCAGAGCGAACCUAGCUCACCAGUUGGAGUAGGAUUCAGUGAAAUAAGCAAAGAUGAUCGGAUCUUAUAUCUUGAGGACACCAUAGCUCACAUGCGUAAGGAACAUGCGGCAGAAAGAAAAGCGUGGGAGGCACAACUAGAGAUGCAAGAAACCCAUAGCCACCAUAGUCAUCAAAGUCAUCACAGACAACAACAACAACAACAACAACAGCGGCUAGACUCUACCUUUAAUGAUAACGAUACUGCAACUAGUAUUGCUAUUGCUGCUUCUAGAGAGAUAUCCCCACCGCAAUCUCUUGAAUCGCCCUUUUUGAACAUAUUCUCAAAGAAAAAGAAAACUCUGUCUCUGACAGGAAUAAGUUCACACGAGACCACCAGACUUAACGAACUGACACGGCAGCUCAAAGAAGCCCAUGCCAAGAAAACAGAUCAAAUGAUGCUAAAUUUUGAAAAUGAAAUUAAUCGACUCAAGGACUUGUUUAUAAACGAAAGCCGCCGGGUGUCGAUGCAACAUGAAGCCCGGAUUCAGAAUCUGGUAGCCGAGCACGACCAGACGAUUAAAGACAUGGUAGAAGAGCACUCGAACGCAAAGGAGAUUCUCAAGAUUGAGCAUCAGAACCAACAAGAAGAAUUUGUCGAAGCACAGAACCAAAGACUCCAAAGGGCGCUCCGGGAAACUGAAGAGACCUGGGAAGAACGAUUAAAAGUUGCAAACAUGUCAAUGUCCAAGGAUGCUUCCGAAAUACAGGCUCACUGGGAGACCAAGCGAGAGUUGAUGGUGGCUGCCCACAGAGAAGAAAUCGAGCGCUGUCGGAACGAGCUGGAGGUCAUCAAGUACCGUCUCCGAAUGGCUGUUGAAAAGCUCAAAGAAAGUCAAUCCAAAGCGAGCCUUUUACAAGAUUUGCAGAAUUCAUCAACAAUAGAGUACACAAGGCUUAAAUUUGCAUCAAAAAAGGCUGGCUUGAGAUUAUCCAAGAUUGAGCAGGAACAUAGUCAAGCACGGCGGAUAGCAAAGGAAAUCGUACAGAUCGCAGACCCUGAUAGCCACAUUGGUGAAAAUGUAUCUUUGGCUGAAAUACUACAGAAAGCUCGAUUCAAUUUAUCAAAUACCCCAAAAGCCGAGCCAUACCCUGUGACAUAUAUGUCAUAUUUUGGAUUCUGA